AUGAAUCAAGAAAAACCAUCACAGGACAAUCUAACUGAAAUCAUUGAAUUUGUUCUCUUGGGCUUUGCUGACAUGCCCCAUAUCCAGUGGCUUCUUUUUGGAUUGUUUUUAAUCAUUUAUAUCAUCAUCCUGAUGAGCAAUGGCACCAUAUUUUUAAUAACAAAAAUGGAUUCUGCUCUCCAGAGCCCUGUAUAUUUUUUCCUGGCAAAAUUUUCCUUCUUGGAAAUCUGCUAUGUAUCAGCUACUCUCCCUAGAAUGCUAAUUAAUAUUGGGACUCAGAGAAGAAGAAUUUCCUUAGUUGCCUGUGCUACACAGAUGAGCUUUUUCCUUCUGUUCGGAGGCAUAGAAUGUUUGCUUCUGGCAGUGAUGGCCUAUGAUCGCUAUGUGGCCAUUUGUAACCCUCCGGACUAUCCUCUAGUCAUGAACCACAGGGUCUGUAUCCAGCUGGUGACUGGCUGCUGGACCACUGGAAUCCCUCUCACAAUCGGGCAUACAUAUCAGAUUUUCUCUCUUCCAUUUUGUGGAUCUAAACUAAUUAACCACUUCCUCUGUGACAUUCCCUCAAUACUCAAGCUGGCUUGUGGGGACACCUUUGUAAAUGAGAUGUUGGUGUACAUAGUUGCUGUGUUAUUUGUCAUGGUUCCAUUUCUGUUGAUACUUGGUUCCUACAGUAAAAUCAUCUCCAUCAUCCUGAAGUUGCCAUCAGCCACGAGUCAAGCCAAAGCCUUCUCCACCUGCUCAUCUCAUCUAAUGGUUGUGGUGUUAUUCUUUGGAUCAGCCAUUAUUGCCUACUUAAGGCCCAACACUAGACACUCAGAGGGAACUGACAAAAUGCUUUCUCUUUUCUACCCUAUCCUGACUCCUAUGUUUAAUCCCAUGAUAUAUAGUCUAAGGAACAAGGAUGUCAUAAUGGCACUGAGAAAAUUGCUAUGUAAUUCACUUCAUUAA